GCUCAUGUCCGACGCUAAUUGGAGUGCACCACUGAUGUCGAUUAUAACAUGUAAAAUAUUUGAAGCUUUCCCUGCGAUUAUUUGGGGUUGUUGAGUUAUAUUUAUAAACUGGAGGAAUGGGGAGCAGGAUUUCUCUGCAGAUUGAGUUUAUUCUCAGAUAAUUUCAUCCUUUUUCUCUUCAUGGGGAUGAAAACUCAACAUCGCCUUUUACUUGGAUCAACUUCAUCCAUCUGUGAGGGCUAAUGGGACAGCAGCUCUUUCAUCGUUUUCUCCGUUGUCCUUUAUAACGGAUCUGUUUCUGCAGAAUCUCCUGUUUUAGUUGUUUUUUUUUGCUGCAGUUUGAUUUGCACUCCCAAGUGAAGCGGCCCAUAAACAACGAGGCUAAAGGAGUCCUGCUCCACAGAACUUAUCUCCUUCGGUGUUUUCUUUUCGUUUUCCUUGAUAUUUUUUCCUUUUUAUGAAUGUGUUUACAGUCUUGAUCUGGAGGAUUACGGCACGAUAUUGUUGUUGGCUUACAUGUAGCAGAGAAAGAGGCUCUGUGUAUUUCUGAGGGAUUCACCAGAGGCUUAUAUAAGUAGAGCCGUCAUGUAUGCUGGACGCAAGAGGAGAAAACCAGUCCAGAGAGCGGUGAAGCAGGCACCUUCUUCUGAAGGGGCCAAGUCCAACCCGUCCAAACGGCAUCGAGACCGUUUGAACGGGGAGCUGGAGCGCCUGGCCAGCCUGCUGCCGUUCCCCGAGGAGGUCACCGCCAGUCUGGACAAACUCUCCAUCCUCCGCCUGAGUGUCAGCUACCUGCGCGCCAAGAACUUCUUCACCGUCGCCCUGAACGGAGUGACUACAGCCGCUGGGAAUGAUGAUGACAGCAAAACAGCAGGAGCGGUGGAGACUAAGAUCCCUGAGGGCGAACUGCUGCUGCAGGCUCUUAAUGGAUUUGUCAUGGUGCUCACUGCCGGUGGGACCAUCUUCUACUGCUCUCACACCAUCCAGGACUACUUGGGCUUCCACCAGACGGAUGUCAUGCACCAGAGUGUGUACGAGCUGGUCCAUACGGAGGACCAGCAGGAGCUCAGGAGAAACUUGCACUGGGCUUUAAACCCUCCUUCCAUCACCCAGGACUCCCCCCAAGAGACGGAACCAGACAGCAGCUCGGCUGUGGUCACCUACAACCCUGAGCAGCUUCCUCCAGAGAACUCGUCCUUCCUGGAGAGGACCUUUGUGUGUCGCUUUCGCUGCCUGCUCGACAACUCCUCCGGCUUUCUGGCUCUGAACAUCCAGGGCAGACUGAAGUUUCUGCACGGACAGAACCAGCGGCAGGAAAACGGAGGAAAGGCCCCGCCUCAGCUCGCCCUCUUCACCAUUAUGACUCCUCUGCAGCCUCCAUCCAUCCUGGAGAUCAGGACCAAGAACAUGAUCUUCAGAACCAAACACAAGCUGGACUUCACGCCCAUGGCCUGUGAUGCUAAGGGGAAGAUAGUGCUGGGGUACACAGAGGCUGAGCUGCGAGUACGAGGAUCCGGAUAUCAGUUCAUCCAUGCCGCUGAUAUGUUGCACUGCGCAGAAAACCAUGUCAGAAUGAUGAAGACGGGAGAGAGUGGUCUGACGGUGUUCAGGCUCCUCACCAAGGAGAAUCGCUGGAAGUGGGUCCAGGCCAACGCCAGACUGGUGUACAAGAACGGCAAGCCAGACUACAUCAUCGCCACCCAGAGGCCUCUUUUGGAUGAAGAGGGAGGAGAACACCUGCGUAAGCGCUCCAUGCAUCUACCCUUCACCUACGCUACAGGCGAGGCCCUGCUCUACCAGUCCAACCAUCCCAUCGCAGCCUUCAGAGACGGGACCCAGGAGAAAAACGGUAGUAAGUCAAAGAAGAGCCGGACAGAAAGGCUGUUGAGGGACGGUCUGGACCCUGGCUCUCUUUUGGGGGCGCUCAUGAGUCAGGAUGAGUCUGUGUACGUUUGCCAGCCGGCCCAGGAGCCCAAAAUGUCUUUCCACAGCUUCUUUGGGGACCAGAUGGGCUUCUCCGACUCCGAACCCUCCAGUUUGCAAAGGAGCUGGGACGAGCCGAUCAACGGGAUUCUGGGUCCGGGAAACACAGAGCCAGGAACCGGCUUUGACCCCCUGCUGUCUACUCUGGACUCCCUCUCCCUGGAAGGCCAUGGGGUUGUGGAUUCAGAAGAAGCGGGCUGUUCGAACGGCGAUCUGUUUGGAGCUCUGGAAGGCCUGGGGCUGAGCGCCGAAGACCUGGAGCUGCUGUUGCUGGAUGAGCGGAUGAUCAGAGUGGAGAUGGACCCCGAACGCGUGCCCACCUUGGACGACCUGCUGACGAACGAUGAGAUCCUCUCGUAUAUCUACGACUCCUUAGAGGGGAAGACUGACUCCACAGAGAUCGGAGGACAGGCGCCUCCCAGUACUGCCUCGGCGACCGUCACAGCUGUGUCGCUACCUGAAAGUAAUCCCGCUCCUCAGGCUAAUGUUCAGAUGCAGUAUUCUCACCACAAGCCUCCUCUGGUGGGGCAGGCUCCCAUCCUGCAGCUGUCCCAGCAGAUGCAGCAGCACCUCAACAUGCGUCCCGCUAAAGUGGCGCACGACUGGAGCCAGCAGAGCAACCACACGCAUACCAACACGAUAGUAAACGGAGACAUGAUGGGGCAAAAUCAACCAAUCAGAAAUGGACAAUGGACAGCCACAGACAUUCUAGUGAAUGCUGGGAUACAACACUAUAAAACACAACAGACUAUUUUCAACGGCAAGGCCACCGAGCUGCAGGGAGAGCUUCAUCAGCAUCCGCUCUUCCUCCAGCAGCAGCAGCAGCUCCAGCAGCCCAGGGCGCAGAACCAUCUCGCUCAGCAGCCCAAGCCAGCCAACCUCAACGGCAUGUGUGGCCACUCCAGCAAGGCGCAUUCGGCGGGAAAGUCCCAAUGGCAGGACUACAGGUUCAGCGAGAGUCUGGGCAGCACCUCCUGCCUUGAUAACGGCCAUAAACCUCUGACUAACGCCUCGCUGGACUCCUGCAUGGAUUAUAGUUUGCCUAAUAUUGACAAUGUGGAUUAUGCCAUCAGUGGAAGCAGUUUGUUUGGGAGGGGCGGACAGCCGCACGGGGCCGAGUCCACGGUUGCAUCCUUCCAGGGGAUGAACCAUAAACGGCAGCAGGAGCAGAUCCCGGUUCCUUUGGCGCAGGUCAUCUCCAGCCUAUCGCAGUGCCCGCCCCCCAACGCCUCCCUGGAGCAGAUCCUGGGGGUAGACAAGCCCUGCCGGCAGCUGGACCCCUACGGCAUGGUGACCGCCGAGAUCACUCAUGACCCCAGUCCCAAUAAGAUGGAGAAUGGCUGCAUCCUGAACAACACUUACCCAGCAGGCUGUGCUCUGCCCAAUAGAAACGGAGCGGCGCCCCCUGCUGUCCAGAUGCCCGGCCCUGAGACUCUGUCCGGCCUCCCCGACCCCCCCGCCACCGGCUUCUACCUCUGACCCGCUGAGCAGCACUCUGUUAACGGCCAGAAACACACAGACUGGACCAGCCUUAUACACAACUAGAGUACACAACAAACAAAGCUGAAGAAACGUAGGCCUAUUUGUUUCUGUUGUCUUUCUUUCGUUUCUAAUUUGUAAUAUUUUGUGUGUGUGUGUGUGUGUGUGUGUGUGUGUGUGUGUGUGUGUGUGUGUGUGUGUGUGUGUGUGUGUGUGUGUGUGUGUGUGUGUGUGUGUGUGUGUGUGCGUGUGCGUGUGCGGAUCAUCGUGUUGUGUUUCAACUCAUAUUAUCAUACGAGUCCUUUGUUUACAAUAAUGCAGUCAAGAGUGCUCAGUUGAGUUUAUGUGAAGUAGAGUUUUUACAGAUGAGUUUCACAAAUCUGCGUUCAGAUACAACACAAAUGUAGAGUUGGAGGCAAACGGGUGGAUGUUAUUCUAUAUUUAAAUCUGAAAACACAUUAUACAUCCGUCAUUUCGUGUAGGUUUUUGUUUUAAAUUGUACGUGUAAAUCACAGAUAAUAUAUAAACUGGGUCAAUAUUAAGUGUCACUGGGCAAAUGCCAUACUCCAGUUUACCAGGGGAAGCCGAAUUUAAGAAUAUUAAGUAUCACUUUCUCGUUGGAUACAGGGAUAAAUGAAUUAACAGAAAGAUAUUUGAUCAUUUUUAGUACCAUUACCAAUACCAGCAAUACAUUCUCUCCUGAAAUAUCAGAAUUAGCUGCUUUUAUUUGACUUUUAUUGAGCUAAAUUGAAAUUGCAUCUUAAAAAGUCGUACAAAUCCGAUAAAUUUUGAUCGUUUUCUUACAUUUUGAAGGCCAAUUAGCCUUGAAUCAGUGGGAAAACAGUCAAACAGAUGCAGACAAAGUGCAGAAAGGUUGUGGUAUAGCUCCAAUCCAUGAAUGUACAGAGUAUUAUAAGUAUCUGAAAAACAUAAAAUGCAGUGAUUAUUGUGGCUUUUUUUAUUCAGAUUGUCUUUAUUUAACUAUAGUUUUACAGUCAGUUGGUUUGCUUUGUAUCUGAACGCAUUAUAAACCCCGUUAGACUAAAUCCAUGGCAUAGCUCAUAGUUUUCCUUCAUGCUACAAGAAUGUAAUCUCUCAGUGUUCAGUGAUUUAUUUGUUGAACUCGUCAAGAAGAAGAUUAAUCCAUAUUUGUUUGAAAAAAAAAAGUCUAGAAUAUGGAAAUGAUGGCUGGAAAUAUCCUGCACUUUAUUUCAAGCACCCACCUUUAUAAUGCGGAUGUGUAGUCGGGGAUAGCAACCUGUUUAUCUCUGAUGCAACAUGGACCUGUUUGCAUUUAUUUUUAUUAUUUUGAGGCACAUUCCAGGUGAUGGGUUAAUGUCCUCACAAGCACAAACACUGUAUAAUUGUUAGUGUCAUCAUUUUCAUCUCUCUCCACUUGAAUUUUGUUUUGUCGUUGAUAAUGUCGGACAUCUGGAGUUUUCUUUAUUUUAUUUUCUUUAAUGACUCCCUUAGUCCGUUUUCUGUAUUUAUUCAUGUCCUGCAGCAAGUAAGCAUUCUUGAUUGUUUUGAAGUUGGUGUGUAAGACGUUCUCUUGUACAAAAAAGAAAAAUGUGAUGCCUCGUCGCCCUCUUAGCUGAGCUCCUGCGCUUCCUCUCCUGAUGGGUUGCAACCAGACAGUUUUAACGCCAGUAAAGGAAAAGUCUGACAUCUUUGGGAAAGAUUCUUGUGAGAUGAUAUUAAAAACAACCAAUUAUAUUUGACUCACCCCCAACCCCCACAAAGAGCGCCGGCCGUUGAAGGAAAUGUGCAUAGUGGCCAAACAGCGGUACUACACGUCAGUCUAAUCUGUGACGUCAUUGGGUCUUUUUCUCAUUGAUUUACACUGCGAAAGAGAUGUCUGUAAAUCAGCAUAUACAUUAUUUACCCAGUACAAACACUUUUAUAGCCACUAUUUUAAUAAUUGAGGUAAAAAAGCGCUAAAAGCCAAAUCCAGAGUCAUUUCCUCAUUUGUGUUUUAUAUUGCAGUCAAAAUAAAAACCGAAUAGAUAAACUCGGUUCAUAUUGAGUGUUACUGGCCAAAGUACACACUCCAGUUUACCAGUGGCAGCAGAAUUUAAGUAACUGAAUUUAACUUUAACUGUAGAUAAAAUGAUAAAUCAUGAAAAGAAAAUGGAAUCACCUUUUUUUUUUUCAAGCAAAAAUACCCAAAAUGUGCUUGUUUAAUUUUUGGGAAAUACUCUUGUGAGCUGAUAUAAAAAUAACCAAUUAUAUCUGACUCACGAACCCCCACAAAGAGGCCGUUGAAGCAAAGUUGCGUAGUGGCCAAACGGUGGUACUACACCGGCGGUCUGUGACGUCAUUGGGCACAAAUAGACUUUUCCCAUUGACUUGCACUGGGAAAGAGACACCUGUCAAUCAGUGUAUCAUUUUGUUCACCGCACAAAAUGUGAGACUUUUCCUUUAAAUGUAAGAAAGCUUGGCAAUAUAUUUUAGGUCAGUAUUUUCAAGUCUACACAGCAUCUCCCAGCAGUUACAGAAUGGCAAACACUGAAAAACCAAAUGUGAGUAUUAAGAGAUCUCUACUGGCAAGAUACAAGUCUGAAUGUUUUCUUGUACAUAGCAAAUGACUGGAAAAUGAUGCAGAGUAGAAAUAUUUUGAGAUGCUGAAAAGAGAUUUUCAUUUAAUUGUUCAGAUAAUGUCAUUGGUAUUAAUAUUAUCGUUCUAUGUUUUAUGUUGAAAUGUGAUACACGCGUGGUUACAUGUCAUUCAAAUUGACUCGUUUCUUUCCCUUUCUUUUUACUUCCGCGGAAAUGUUUGCUAUAUUUAAUAUGAUUGAUGUGACUUAUUAACAAAUGUGAAAAAAAUAUGUGUAUAUAAAGGCGAACAAGCUUUGACAAAUACAGGUAUGUACAUAGUUUUACGUCGAGUCACUCGUUUCAAGCACUAUUUUUAAAACACGUUUCUUUGUUGAUUUUCUUCUUUUUUUUAUUGUAAAUAGUCUCAUCACGAAACACUGGACUCUAUGACAGCCGGAAAUGGUGCCAUAUACUGAGACUUGUUAAAUAUUAGGCUAUAAUGUUGGAGAGUUUAAGUUUGUCUUUUGUUUAGCCACAGUAACUUUAACAUGCUAACAGGACGAGGUGUGUAGGUGUUGCAGAUUUGACCCGUGUCCUUUGUCUGCUUGUUUCAAAUGUAUUAUUUUCUUCCUUUUCGAAUAAAGGAUUUCUUCAAUCACAAAAGUGAAAAACACGUCUUGCAAGCAAAUGACUGAACACUCAUGCGUGUCCCUCUCUGAGUCCUCCGGUUUUAUAUUCACUCAGAUGGUAACAGCAGGCGUUUCCAACCUGUGUCAGUGACUCCUUACUGUGGAUGUAAAGGUGCUUUGUGUAGCAUUUAACAUCAAUAAAUCAU